CCCGAGGGAAUCCCGACUUCGCUUUGACCGGAAGCGGAAGUACGUGGCGGCGGGAUCAUGGUGACUCUUACUGACCUGCCGGAUUCGGUGCUGCUGGAAAUCUUCUCUUACCUCCCGGUCCGGGACCGGAUCCGCAUCUCCAGGGUCUGUCACCGCUGGAAGAGGCUGGUGGACGACCGGUGGCUGUGGCGACAUGUCGACUUGACGCUCUACACGAUGCGGCCUAAAGUCAUGUGGCACCUCCUUCGCCGAUACAUGGCAUCUCGGCUCCAUUCCCUGCGGAUGGGUGGCUACCUCUUCUCCGGCUCUCAGGCCCCCCAGUUGUCCCCUGCCCUGUUGAAAGCCCUGGGCCAGAAGUGCCCCAACCUGAAGCGCCUCUGCCUGCACGUGGCUGACCUGAGCAUGGUACCCAUCACCAGCCUGCCCUGCACCCUGAGGACCCUGGAGCUGCACAGCUGUGAGAUCUCCAUGGCCUGGCUCCUUAAGGAGCAGGACCCCACCGUGCUGCCCCUGCUCGAAUGCAUUGUGCUGGACCGUGUCCCUGCCUUCCGUGACGAGCACCUGCAGGGCCUGACACGUUUCCGGGCCCUGCGCUCGCUGGUGCUAGGUGGCACCUACCGUGUGACCCAGACGGGGCUGGAUACCAGCCUGCAGGAGCUCAGCUACCUGCAGAGGUUCGAAAUGCUAGGUUGCACCCUCUCAGCGGACAGCACCCUGCUGGCCAUCAGCCGCCACCUCCGAGGUGUGCGCAAGAUCCGGCUGACCGUUGGGGGCCUCUCUGCUCCUGGCCUGGCUGUCCUGGAAGGAAUGCCAGCCCUGGAGAGUCUGUGCUUACAGGGCCCCCUCAUCACCCCAGAAAUGCCCACUCCAGCUGAAAUUGUUUCCUCCUGCCUCACCAUGCCCAAACUCAGAGUGCUUGAGCUGCAGGGGCUGGGCUGGGAGGGUCAGGAGGCUGAGAGGAUCCUGUGUAAGGGGCUGCCCCACUGUAUGGUCAUUGUUAGGGCCUGCCCCAAAGAGUCCAUGGACUGGUGGAUGUAACUGUGCCACCGUCCCAGCUUUCACAGUUGAUGAAAGCCCUUGAUGAAAGACCCUCUGAGCAGCAAAUUGAAGAGGGUAGCUUAUGGGGCUUAAGGGAACUGAAGGUGACAGGAGGAGACAGUGAAGGCCUUGGGCCUCCAGACAGUGGGAAUCGUUGGCCAGCUGUGUGGCCUCAGCCUCAGCAGCCUGCCUCUGGGGGCCCAGUUCUCAAGUCUACAAAUAGAGAUCCGAGCUACCUCAGGAUUAUGUUGCAUAGCCUUACUCUGACAGCCCCCGCCCUCAGAAGCCCUUGAUGAAGGUCAUUCUCCAGGUCAUCCUCAGAGUUGUCCUCUAACCAGAUGGGUGGAAUUAAGAGCUAGAAGGACCUGAGGGGCCAAGUUCCCCCAAUGAUGCCUGGAAAGACUAUACAUGUGUACCCACAUGCCUGUGCACCAUUUCUAUAUCUACACACACACAAGAGGCACAGAGAUCAAGGGCAAAUGAGGCUUGCCAUUCAUAAUCAAAAUGUUCAUGAAGGUUCUCAGUUGUAUUUUCUGUAUUUUCUACCUUUUCCAAGUUUUCCACAGCAGAUAUUAUUUUGCUAUUAAAGAAAAAUAAUGAAUUUUUUUUCAA